CCAAUAGUCCACUUUAUGACCCAGAUAAUCCAAGAAAUGGAGUCCAUCAUGUCCUUGCUACUGUUUUCUGCACUUCUGUUGGGUUUUGCUGCUGUAAACCAAUGUGCCCCUACAAAAAGAAACAUGCCAGUUAUAGGCAUUUUACUUCAGGAGUCCUACCCAGAGGUUCUGAAGCAUGGCGACACUUAUUUUCAGGAUAGUUAUGUAAAAUGGCUCCAAACUGGAGGGGCAAAAGUUGUUCCUAUCAGGACCAAUGAAACAGUGGGUUAUUAUACAGACUUGAUGGGCAAGAUCAAUGGUGUCCUGUUGCCAGGUGGUGAUGUCGAUACUAUGACGUCUGCUUACGCCAAGGCUGCUCAGAUCAUCUACAAACUGGUCAUUGAAUUCAACAAUGCGGGUAGCUACUUCCCUCUGUGGGGUACCUGUCUUGGCUUUGAAGAACUGAUGUAUCUUCAGACCGGCAAAAACCUGUUGACAAAAUGUGAUGCAUUUGACUUAAUGCUGCCACUCGAAUUUACCCAAAGUUGGUUGGGGACGAAACUUUUUAUAAAAGCUGAAAAUAGUAUUCCGACAGACCUUACCCGCCUCAAUAUAACUGCUAACUACCAUGAGAAUUGUACAACACUAGAUAGUUUCAAGGCAUCCCCAGAACUGAGUGGAUUCUUCCGAUUGGUGUCGACAAAUAAAGACAGGAAUGGUUUGGACUUUGUCUCAAUGAUGGAAGCGUAUAAAUAUCCCAUCUAUGGCAACCAGUGGCACCCAGAGAUGAACCCCUUUGACAUGAGCUAUAAGGAGCAUGUCCCACACACACUUCAGUCUGUCCAGGCAUCGCAGUACUUGGCAACAUUCUUUGUGGAUGAAGCGAGAAAAAGUGACCACCAGUUCCUGACCAUGGAGGAAGAAUCAAAAGCUGUGAUUGAGAACUACAAGCCUGUCUUCCUCGGACCACCUGGAUUCUAUAAUUUCUAUUUCUUCAAUAUCACCAAGAUGGCUACAUGAUAAUAUCUCUUGUUUGAAAGGACUGUGUAAUGUAAGCUUAUUGUUGUUUGAAAGUAUAGUGGCAUCAAUAUUUUUAUCAAUGUGUGAUUAAAUCUAUUAGUAUUAUUGCCAUUAACUAUUGAUCGGUUGUCAAUAAAGCCAAUAUGUGGUGGUUUAUC